AUCAGAGCGAGGUGCGCUGCAGCUUAUAAACGCAUCAGCUGCCGAGUCUUUUCCGUUCACCGUCCCCGCUGUCCCGUGAAUCACUGACCCCAGCUGCAGCCCUCUACACCGCAACCGUGAAGAUGGCGGCCCGGACCAUGCAAGCGGCGCGAUGCCCAACAGAUGAGCUGUCGCUGACUAAUUGUGCCGUGGUGAGCGAGAAGGAUCUGCAGUCAGGACAACAUGUGACUGUGAAGACCACACCCAACCACAAGUAUGUGUUUACAGUGAAGACUCACCACACUGUGGCACCUGGAAGCAUCGCCUUCAGCCUGCCGCAGAGGAAGUGGGCGGGUCUCUCCAUCGGCCAGGAGGUUGAAGUGGCCAACUACAACUUUGACAAGUCCAAGCAGUGCAUUGGCGCCAUGACAAUCGAAAUCGACUUCCUGCAGAAGAAGAGUACGGACUCCUCCCCGUAUGACUCGGACAAGAUGGCUGCCGAGUUCAUCCAGCAGUUCAACAACCAGGCCUUCUCUGUUACCCAACAGCUCGUCUUCAGUUUCUGUGACAAGCUGUUUGGUUUGGUGGUGAAAGACAUCGAGGCCAUGGACGCCAGCAUCCUCAAAGGAGAGCCGGCCUCUGGAAAGAAACAGAAGAUCGAGUGCGGGCUGAUGAUCGGCAACAGCCAGGUGAUCUUUGAGAAGGCGGAGAGCUCGUCCCUCACACUCGUUGGAAAGGCAAAGACCAAGGAGGCUCGACAGACAAUCAUCAACCCAGACUGGAACUUUGAGAAGAUGGGAAUCGGAGGUCUGGACAAGGAGUUCUCCGACAUUUUCCGCAGAGCCUUUGCUUCCCGAGUCUUCCCUCCGGACAUUGUGGAGCAGAUGGGUUGUAAGCACGUGAAGGGCAUCUUGCUGUUUGGGCCUCCAGGCUGUGGUAAAACACUGAUGGCCAGGCAGAUUGGUAAGAUGCUCAACGCCCGCGAGCCCAAGAUCGUCAACGGCCCCGAGAUCCUGAACAAGUACGUAGGAGAGUCUGAGGCCAACAUCCGAAAACUGUUUGCUGAUGCAGAGGAGGAGCAGAAGAGGCUGGGAGCCAACAGCGGCCUCCAUAUCAUCAUCUUUGAUGAGCUGGACGCCAUCUGCAAGCAGAGAGGAACGGGCGCCAGCAGCACAGGGGUGCAUGACACUGUGGUCAACCAGCUCCUGUCCAAGAUUGACGGCGUGGAGCAACUGAACAACAUCCUGGUCAUCGGUAUGACCAACAGGCCCGACCUGAUCGAUGACGCUCUGAUGAGGCCCGGCAGGUUUGAGGUCAAGAUGGAAAUCGGUCUGCCUGAUGAGAAGGGGCGUGUCCAGAUCCUGACCAUCCACACCAACAAGAUGCGAAGCUUCAACCUGCUCGCUGGCGACGUCAACAUCAAGGAGCUGGCGGCUGAGACUAAGAACUACAGCGGUGCCGAGCUGGAGGGGCUGGUCAGGGCCGCUCAGUCCACCGCCAUGAACCGACACAUCAAGGCCACAUCUACAGUGGAGGUGGACAUGGAGAGGGCCGAGAAGCUGCAGGUCACCAGAGACGACUUCAUGGGGUCCCUCAACAACGACAUCAAACCUGCGUUUGGUACGAACCAGGAGGAUUAUUCCAGCUACAUCAUGAACGGCAUCAUCAAAUGGGGCGACCCCGUCACUCACGUCCUGGACGACGGAGAGCUGCUGGUGCAGCAGACUAAGAACAGUGACCGCACACCGCUGGUGGCCGUGUUACUGGAGGGUCCACCCCACAGUGGGAAGACAGCCUUGGCAGCUAAGAUUGCAGAGGACUCACAGUUCCCCUUCAUUAAAAUCUGCUCUCCAGACAAGAUGAUUGGACACUCUGAGAUCUCCAAGUGCCAGGCAAUCAAAAAGGUCUUUGAUGACGCGUACAAGUCUCAGCUCAGCUGCGUGGUGGUGGACGACAUCGAGCGUCUGCUGGACUACGUCCCCAUAGGGCCGCGUUUCUCCAACCUGGUGCUUCAGGCUCUGCUGGUGCUGCUGAAGAAGGCGCCGCCAAAGGGUCGGAAGCUGCUCAUCAUCGGCACGACCAGCAGGAAGGACGUGCUGCAGGAGAUGGAGAUGCUGGACGCCUUCAGCACCACCAUCCACAUCCCCAACAUAUCUACUGGGGAGCAGCUAGUCGACGCUUUAGAGCUGCUGGGGAGCUUCUCAGAUAAAGAGCGCGCCAGCAUCGCACAGCAGCUCAAAGGGAAGCGAGUGUGGAUCGGCAUCAAGAAGCUCCUGGUGCUCAUCGAGAUGUCGCUGCAGAUGGACCAGGAUUACAGAGUGUCCAAGUUCCUGUCUCUGCUCCGAGACGAGGGGGCGGUGAACGAUGGCGAUCAGAUCCGAAUUUAAGCCUUCGGUCUCUGUCCCUGAUCUCUGUGAUCGCAGCUUCUAUGAGUAGAGGGGCUGGAGGAGUGAAGCAUCUCACCACCAACAAUAUCCACUGGAUAAAAUGAGGAAGAGGAGAAGAAGAAGAAGAAGAGAUCCUCCUCUUGUCCAUCCACCCAGUGAUCCAUCCAUCCGUCCGUACAUCUAUCUACUUAAAUACCCACCUGUUCGAAGAGAGGGACACACAGCUCCUCUUGUUCUCAGCAUGUUUCUGUAGGCAGUGCCACUGUAUCACCGUCCUCCUACUCUUCAUCAUCACCAUCAUCUUUACUUAUUGACAUAUCACAGCAAACUACUGGAAGUCGUACUGUUAAAAAUCUGUUAUCUGUAAAGAAAAUUGCAAUAGAUGAUUGUAAAAAGUGCUGUUUUGUGCAUCGUGCGUUAAAAAAACAACAAAAAAAGAAAGUAUGUUUUCAGCUCUAGUAUUUGUUGUGUUUGUUGCAUAUCCCUCGUCUUGCUAAAGAUAGUUAUUGUUAGUAUACGAUAUGUAUCCUCACAAACACAAGCAGAGUCAACAGAAAACAUCCAGACGUGACACAAGCCAUCUGAAUAUUUAAGAUGUGGAUCUCUGAGAGGCUUUUAGUGAAUAUGUAGUGGCUGUAAAAACGAAGCUGUUCCAUGUGACAAUGUAAACCCUUUAAAAUCUACAGUAUGUAACCUGUUCAUGUUCUGUACAUAGUAUAUAUAGAGACAAAUGCAGUAUAUCACAAGAGUCAUUUAAACGAUUGGUCUCAAGUCUGUUUGGUACUAUAUCAGUAUGAUUCUUCUUCCCUGAGACGUUACCAGGUUACUGUAAUAGUGAAAGUAAUUGCUGGAUUGUUUCUGUCUGUGUUCAGUUGAGUCUCGCUAGUGUCGCUAAACGGCAGCAUCAGUGUUAACGAUUAAAAAAUAUUCCGCACUUUUAACAUCGAGUCAAAGAACCUUUAGUAUCUCAGUGGGUCUUCGUGGGAACUCGAGCUCGUGUGCAUGUGUGAGGAACUAAACGCUGCAUGUGUCCAGUAUGUAUGUGUGUGUGUGUGUGUGUGUGUGUGUGUGUGUGUGUGUGUGUGUGUUUGAGAGAGUGUGUGUGGCAGCAGGAAGUGCUGUUGAAUGUGAGCAUGUGUGUGUUUUAGUGUGUGUGUGUGUGUGCAUCUUGAGUUCAGGUUGAGGCAGUCGGUGGUUAAUUUGUGGGGUUUUUUUCAUGUCAUGUGUUCAGUGGUUUUUGUCCAAAUGUUCUUGUUUUAUUCGGAUCAUUGACGAUGUGUGUGUGAGUGUGUGUGAGUGUGUGUAAAUAUAUAUUAACAUGCAGAUGUAUUAUUGCAAUAAAAAGCACUGAUGCACAGGA